AUGGCAUUGGUGGCUUACGAUUACGAUAGCAAUAGUGAUAACGACGAAGACACUCCAACAAUUAACCAAGUCGUAGAGCCUGAAAAGCAAGUGUCUUCUGAAAUUAUUGAAAACAAAAUCACUCCAGCUCUAUCAGAUAUUGAGAGCACAAAGGAUCUUGGCGACAUAGUAACUACAAAUAAAACUACUUUAUUCUCGAAUUUACCAGAAUCAAGAGCAUGUCCCAAGGAUACUCUCAAAGAAGAUAAGAUUGAAGACUUCAUUCCAAGAGUAGACCAGGUCAUCAAGGAAAAACAAAAAGUCAAGAUAACCAUACCUUCCCUAUCUCAAUUUGCAGAUGAUGAAAAUGAUGAACCAGAUCAAAAAAAGAAGAAAUAUUCAUCUUCAGUAGGAAGUGGUCUCAUUUCACUAUUGCCUCCAGUUAAAGGUAGCAUUAUCUCAACAAAAAGCUUUGUACCUAAAGUUAUUGCUGAUAGAAACAAGAGUGUAAAACACAAUGCCAAUUCAAAUCUAGUACCAAAUGCACUUAGAAAAAAGGCUGAAGCUAAAAAAGCAAUGCUGCUACUCAAAAUGCAAGAGCAAAAAGGAAAAAUUGCCCUUAGUGAUAAUGAAAGUGAUGAUGAUAUUGAUAUGCCAGAGACAUUUGAUGAUGAAAUGUGGGAGAAAGUUUGUGGUAACCCUAAACCCAAAAAGGUCAUUGAAGAGCCACAAUUACAUCCACAGCAAGAAAUAAUUGACCUUGCUCCAGAACCUGAGAAGCCCUAUGAUGGCUUGGACAAUAAAGCAUUCAAAGAACUAGUUGGUAAAACAAAACGUCCAAUUGGCAAUAUCAAAUUGAUAGACAUUAAUGAAGAAGAAAUAAUGCCAGACAAGGAUCUGUGGUUGACUAAAUCACUCACAGACCCAGAAAUGGCACCAAAACCUCAAUCUGAUGAUUCUGUAGAUCCUACAAGAAGGAGGAAACACCAUAUCACCUAUUUGGCCCAACAAGCUAAGGCAAAUGAGCAAGAACUGCAAAAUGCUUGGGCUGCUAGUAAAAACAAUAGGACAGCUUCAAGGGCUAAAUAUGGAUUCUGA